AUGCUUGAAGAAUCAGAUUCUGAUUUAAUUGGAUUUUUUGAUGAAAUAUAUAAAAUUAUAAUACCAUUAAAUUGGGCUUCAAAUUUACAAGAAGAUGCUAAAAAAAAAGUUGUAGUAAUUCUUUAUUUAAUUGCUGGUUUUCAUAAUAUGCAUGCUAAUCAAUUUAAAUUGGAGCUUGGAUUAUAUCUUGCAGCUUGUAGAGUAUCUUGUGAAACAAUUAAUACUUUAAGCAAUACUGAAAUUUCUGUUAUUAAUAAGACAGUUUAUAAUAAUAAGAAAAAAAUCACUUUACAACAUCUAUCAAAAGUUGAAGAAUAUUUUAUUGAAAAU